AUGCUGCCGAGCCUGUCCAACAAAGUCAAGCUGCAAUUGCUGGUGCCCGUGUGCAUCGAGCCCGCGUGGAUAUCGGCGCGUCGACAGGCGUUGCUGGAACUCAAGACCAUCGUCGACAUCCGCGUGACGGGCCGCACAGGCAAAGGCUGCAGUGCUCGCUACACGAUCGAGGUGUUCCGGAACUCCAUGGACAACGAGAGCCCUACCAGCGUUGAGCCGAUUGCGACCGGCGGGAGGCCGUUGAAGGCAGCGCUCAAGAUGGAGAAGACCCUGGCCGAAUUGGCCUUGUUGCGGGGUGACAUUUAUGACACCGCGUGGUCAGCUCACAGCGAUGCGCACUGCCAGUUUUGCGCCGAGUUCGUCGAGCUCUACGUGCUGGGCAGCGCGAACCCGAAGGCGCUGACGCUGCGAUUGCUGGGCGAGGAGCGAGCACUGCGCAAACUGACCAAGCUUCUGAACGACCUACUCACGCUUACAGUUCGGAACUCGUCGGCGGAUGGCCGCGGAGUGUGCUCCGGCCAGGCUCAUGUGCCGCAGCUGCUGUACAGCUUCCUGUUUGACCGUGCCCCGGAAGAGACCGAGGCCGCAUAG